CUGUUGAUGAAUCGAUCGAUCUCUAUCGAUCUGGUUAAUGAUAAUGAUGAUGAUGAUUCGUAAUAAUAUCAUAUAUCAUAUGGCUAAGAAUGAAUGGUUUCCAAGUGACCAUUGAUCAAUAAUAGUCACAAUUUUUUACACAACAAACACACCAAUUGAUCGAUCUUUAGUAUCCAUGGUAUCAUUAUAAAAUAAAAAACCUUGAAAAAUUUAAAAUCAAGUUUAAAAUAAAAUCAUCUACAAUGAAAAUUCAUUGUUGAAAAAACGCCAUCAUUCAAAUUAUAAUGGCUCAAGUGGAUGAACAAUCCGUCAUGAUGGAACAUGAUGUGGAUGCUGAAUCCAUUGUGAGUAAUCCAGUCACUGGCAAUCGCCAGAUAAACAUCCAAAUCGCUAACAAUCAACAGCUUUCGGCUCAAUCAAAAACUGCGCCCAGUCUUUUCCGGCAAAGUCAUCUCGAUUCAUCCAUAAAUGAUUCAAGCGAUGGUGUCAUAACGGUCAUGUGGCGUAAUCUGGUCUACUCAGUCCAGAGGAAACAAUUGAAUCUCUCCAAUUGUUUCCAUGGUGGCUCACCAAUGACCAGCCAGAAGCGAACCAUACUAAAAGGAAUAAGCGGCAGAUUCAGAAGUGGCCAUCUUACCGCUGUUAUGGGCCCUUCUGGAUCAGGAAAAUCUACAAUGCUCGAAUGUAUCGUUGGAUUUCGGAAAAAAGGAUUGUCGGGCAAUGUGACUGUGGCCUGCGAUCAGUCUGACCAUGGUCUCGACAAUGUUCGAGUAGCACUCAUAUCACAAACUGACUAUCUGAUCGAGGCGUUCACCGUUCGUGAGAUGUUGGUCUAUGCAUCACGACUCAAAAAUCACGCUCGGCAGAUACCGAUCGAACAGGAACAGCAAUUGGAACAAGUGGUGGCAACAGUAAGCGACGGUCAAAUCGGUGGAAAUAGUGCCGAAACGAAUGAUCACAAUGGCUCGAAAAACACACUGAUUGAGCCGCGACGAAGAAAGUCAAGCAAUUAUCAUCAUCAGCUGGCCCUCAAUGUUAUCCACCGACUUGGAUUGGAUGUUUGUACCGACACUAAAGCUGCCAAUUGUUCGGGUGGCCAGAAAAAACGCAUUUCAAUCGGCGUCGAAAUGAUAUCCAAACCCAACAUACUGAUUUUGGAUGAACCAACCAGUGGUUUGGACAGUUCAGCUUGCUUUCAGACCGUUUCGGUUAUGCAAGGAUUGACCAAAGAUCCGCACUAUCCAACCGGUGUUGUGUGCACGAUCCAUCAGCCGUCGGCUCGUGUUUUCAAUCUGUUUGAUCACAUUUACAUCAUCUCUUACAAUGGUUAUUGCAUCUAUGAGGGAACACCCCAGCAUAUGCUAGAUUAUCUGUCCAACGUUGGUCUGGUUUGCCCUCAAUUUCAUAAUCCAGCCGAUUUUAUCGCUGAAGUAGCUUCUGGUGAAUACGGCCAUGAUGAAGUACAACGAUUGAUCGAAGUCAAAGAACGAAACGAUCUUCGAUUACCAGACGAUCAGGUUGGAUCUGAUCUAAGCUUGGCACAAUAUUCGUCGCAAAUUCACUAUCCGACUUUUCUACACAUUUGGAUUUUGUUGCAACGAACCACCAAGCAAAUACUGCGGGAUCCGAUGCUCAACUGGCUUCGACUUUUCUCUCACGUGAUUACCGCCAUCUUCAUUGGAUUGUUGUAUGGCACUGAGGUGGGUGAACCGGCCCUCUGUCCACCUUUAGAAUCGCCUCUCAACGACUUGGAACGAUUCUCAGAAUAUCGAGCCAAGUAUCAGGCCGAUUUGAUCACUAGCACCGAGAAUCUGGCCUUCAUAUUCUUUACAUUGAUGUUUACGUUGUUUGGAGCCAUGAUGCCCAUUAUCAUGACAUUCCCAGCUAAUCUAAACGUUUUGAAAAAAGAAAAGAUCAACGGAUGGUAUAGUCUGGCUGCCUAUUACACAGCUUUGUCGUUGGCCGAAAUUCCGUUCCAAAUUUGUUUUCCGACAUCGUUUGCCGUUAUUGGUUACAUAAUGACUGGACAAACCAUGACCGUGGAACGAUUCGGCUUGUUUCUACUCAUUAACAUACUGAUGGCAUUCGCUGCCCAAAGUCAAGGAUUGUUGAUCGGUGGCUUGUUUAUGUCGGAUGCAAGUGCAGCUGUUUUCCUGGGCCCAAUCACCACCGUACCGAUCAUGCUGUUUGGUGGCUUUUUCGUCCGUAUUUCAACCCUUCCUAGCUAUCUGAAGGUGUUUGGCUACACAUCUUACUUGCGAUAUGCAUUCGAAUUGAUGAUAAUGACCCUUUAUGGUUUAGAUCGAUGCAAAUUGGAUCCAGAACAGUUGGCAAUGAAUGCAACGGCUGAGAAACCUGAAUGGAUUGGCAUGGCGACCAUGAUUCUGGGUGAAGGAGGCGAACAAUUUAUUGAUGGCUUUGCACGAAGUCUAGGCGGUACUUUCGAUCCAAGUUCUGGUAAAAAGUAUGCCUCAUCCUUAUUGGAUCAGUUCGACGUAGAUGAAGAUUACUUUUACAGCCACUUUGCCAUUAUGUUACUAUUCAUACUCAUUCUGCGAUUGGCCACCUAUUUUGUUGUUGCUAUCAAGAUCAACAAACGCGACUGAGCAUCAACCUACACCUGAAUAACAACAAUAUAUUCAUUUGCAAUAGCAAACAUUGAGAAGAUUAACAUUCAAAUUCUUUCACAUUGGCUUAGUCCAACUAAUGGAAUGCAUUGUAUCCAGAACAAUAAAACGACAAAGGAAUGUGUGUGUGGCCAUUCAUUAUGGCAUCAAUCAAACUGAUGAUCCAUGACCAUGUU